UUCACAGAAGUUUAUUGAAAAAGCUUAUAGACAUAGUAUCCUUUGCUUUUACUCAAAAAGAGGAUCUUACAAAAUAAAGUUGUCAAAAUGAAAUUGAUAGAUUCCGGAGUACGAUUAUAAUUUUUUACCCCAAAAACUUUAAAAAUUAAAUUAUAAUGACGGACAAAUCUGUAUUGCCUCCGAAAUUUUCUGGUGGACCCCUAGGCUUAGGUGAUCCUGAAGAUAAAACACUACGAAAAGUGGAGACUGAAGUUAUGGUUCCUAAAUUAAUGAGAGAAAAGGCAAGAACAGAAAAGUGUAUUCCGGAAGUUGCAGAGUUUGAGAAAUGUUGCAAAGAAUCUUCAUUAUUAAUGGUAGUUAAGUGUAGGAAAGAAAAUUCAGCAUUAAAAACAUGUCUUGGCUCUUGGUACAAUAAUGAAGAAUUUAGACAAUAUUGUACAGAAGAAUAUUUGAAAGAGAGGAGUGAAUACAGAAAAACCGGUAUUAAAAAAACUAUGAAGAGAGUUUAAUGAUAAAAAUAAGGAUGAAGUUGUUGAAUUAUAUAAAUACAAACAAGUAUAUUUUAAUCAUCAUCAUUUAUUGAAAAAGGAUUUUUUCUAGAUAAAAUUAUUUCCCGCACUUUAUAGGCACUAACAUUUUCAGCCGUGUCUAAUAAAUUAUGAUCAGUCUUUGAAACUUCCACAACCAAAACUUCCUGAAAAAUAGUUGUUGCCAUCCGAACAUGACCUAGCGUUGAGAUCCAGUCAAAUUUCUGUAGUUCAUCUUUUAUCACAAUUAUGUAGUCAGCAUGUGCAAUUGAUGGAACUUCUUUGUAUAUUACUUAAUCUCCACCAAAUUUUAUUCCAGAUUUCACUAUAUAUCCCUUAGAUCGAUAAUAAUGAUAUACAACAUAUCUAUGAACAAAUCUCUUAUCCAUAUUUUUGAAAAGAUCCCACAGCUGAUCUGUAUUAAUUACCUUUUCUUCAUUGUUUAAUACUUGUAAACAGCCAAGACCAUAUGAUAAAAAGAAGGCUUCUUCAAGAGUUAACAUGAGCUUUUCUUGUAUUUUAACUCUAUUUACACAACAUUCUGGUUUGAGUUUUUCGAAGUAAUUUUCUUCUUCCGAGUCACUAUUUGGUACUAUUACAACUAGGUCUUGUUUAUCACAGGCAUCUAAUAAAACUGGAUGAUCAAAGUUGUCUAUGCCUUCAGAAUGAUCACUUUCUUCAUCUUCACUGGACACUAAAUCAAUAACAUCUCUUUUUCUGAUAUUUUCACCCCCCUUUAUAAUACUUGCUGCUAAUUCAUCAAUGUCUUUGAAAAAUGUGUCCGAUUCAGGGUUAUCCAAUCUUUGGUUAAACUUUCUAUGCCAAUCACUCCUUUUCAAAAAUUGCCUCUUUCGCAUAAUACAUGGACCAUUAUCAUUAUGUGUCAUCUUAGGCUUAGAACGAGACAUAGAACCUUUACCAAAACAACCCAUAUGAUGUAGCAUAGCCAUUUCCUCUGGGGACCUUACUUCAACACUAAAGCCAUUGUAAUAUCCUGUAAAUAUAAUACGCAUAGUACUAUCCAAAGGAAACCUUAAUGACUCAAUUGCCAUCGGAAAUAAGUUAUUUGGGUCAUUAGUUUGACAAUCUUCUGAAUGCAUAGUAGUCAUCGUUUGUCGUAUGUGACAAAAGAACUGGCCAGUUUCCAAAAUUAUUUACAGCCAAAUGUGUCACGUCAUGCUUUUGAGAGAAGCACAAAAUUAUAAUGCUGCAAAAAACAAUAAAAAGAUUAUGAAUCUAUAAAAUAACAAUUUAUCACAAGACAUAACCUAACGAAAGUGGAAAAUGGAUAGAGCAACACAAGCAUUAUUUGUUGAAGACAAAUAUGAUCCACGUCGUGUAUUCAUUAGAGAAGGUAAGCGAAUAUUAUCAUCUUCAGAGUAGCUAACUUCAGAGUAAGUGUAGUCACAAGAUCUCUCAGCUGAGGCUGUCUGUCUGUCACUGUUUUUCGAUUUAGGGAGUCUUUUAAUUUGAUUCCAAAUUGAAAUUUCGUAAAAUUUAGCCAAAAUGGCUAAUCUCAACAAUGAAAAUGUCAGCAAACUAAUCCCUACGCUGGGUGACGAUAAAAUCGAUAUGAUUGCUGCCACCAGCGUAUUGCAAAUACGAGCUAGUGAAAUUCGCCAGUCCCAAAUUAACUGGCAAUCAUACUUGCAGUCACAAAUGAUCACUCAGCGUGAUCAUGACUUCAUUGUGAACUUGGAUCAACGUGGCCAGAAGGAUCUCCCUGGCAAGAACCCAGAAGUUUGUGCUGAAGUCUUCCUCAAUCUGCUUACCCAUAUCAGCAAGGACCACACCAUCCAAUAUGUGCUUGUGUUGAUUGACGACAUUCUUUCUGAAGAUAAAUCUAGAGUGAAGAUAUUCCGGGAGAACAGAUUCUCCAUGGGGAAUGUUUGGCAGCCAUUCCUUAAUUUGCUAAACCGACAGGAUGAGUUUGUGCAACAUAUGACUGCACGUAUCAUCGCUAAACUCGCUUGCUGGCACCCUCAGUUGAUGGACAAGAGCGACCUGCACUUUUACCUUUCAUGGUUGAAGGACCAGCUCAAGUCCAAUGCGGAGAAAAUGACUGCCGAGUUAGAACAGGCAGAGCAGGUUAUGUGGGAGCAUGAGAAACAAAAUUUCGCCGAUAAACCCGUCAAACACCAACAGCUUCACAAGAAUAAAAACGCUGACGAUGCUCAGGAGAAGUACUCGAGCCUGUACAGUUCAUUUGAUGAAUUGAAACCCAAUGAGGAAUUGCCACCAGGCCUCUAUAAGAACAAUGACUACAUCCAGUCGGUGGCGCGUUGCCUGCAAAUGAUGCUACGAGUCGACGAGUACCGCUUCGCUUUCUUAUCCGUCGAUGGCAUCUCUACGCUAUUGUCCAUCCUCGCUUCAAGGGUCAACUUCCAGGUCCAAUACCAGCUAGUGUUUUGCCUGUGGGUGCUCACCUUCAAUCCGCUUUUGGCCGAGAAGAUGAAUAAGUUCAACGCCAUCCCCAUCCUCGCCGACAUCUUGAGCGACUCCGUCAAGGAGAAGGUCACCCGCAUAGUGCUGGCAGUGUUCCGUAACCUGAUCGAGAAACCGGAAGACUCGCAGGUAGCUAAAGAGCAUUGCAUCGCCAUGGUGCAAUGCAAGGUACUGAAGCAGCUUUCCAUAUUGGAGCAGAAGCGGUCCGACGACGAAGACAUCAUGAACGACGUGGAGUUCCUCAACGAGCGCUUGCAGGCUUCAGUGCAGGACCUCAGCUCGUUCGACCAGUACGCCACUGAGGUGAAGAGCGGGCGUCUCGAAUGGUCGCCCGUGCACAAAUCGGCCAAGUUCUGGCGCGAGAACGCAGCUCGGUUGAACGAGCGCGGGCAAGAGCUGUUGCGCACCCUUGUACACUUGCUGGAGAAGAGCCAAGACCCCGUAGUGCUGGCGGUGGCGUGCUACGAUGUCGGUGAAUACGUGCGUCACUACCCGCGCGGGAAGCACAUUAUCGAACAGUUGGGUGGCAAACAGCGCGUUAUGUACCUCCUCAGCCACGAUGACCCCAACGUAAGAUACGAAGCCCUACUCGCUGUACAGAAGCUAAUGGUCCAUAACUGGGAAUACCUCGGCAAGCAAUUGGAGAAAGAACAAAUCGAUAAACAAGCUGGCACUGUAGUCGGAGCUAAAGCCUAAAUUCGUUAAAGUCUAUUGAGGAUUUAAAUAAAUAACAUUUAUUUUGUUGUUGUUAUAGAUAUCUAAGAUAUUAUUAUUGCAAUUUUUAAGCGGAAAUUUUGACCUGCCAUAACGAUAUUACUGUUAAUAUAACAACUAGUAAUUGCAAUGAAAUAUAAGCCACAAAUUACCUUACCCCAAAAUGUUUUUGUUUACAAUAUCUAAUGUACACCUACCAUAAAGUUUUAUUUGUUUGCGUGAUAAUGACGAUGUAUAUAAAUAUUGUAAAGUAUGCCUAUAUUUAUCCUAAAUUAUAUCUUAUUGUUAUUAUAAUCUUGGAAUAAAAACGAUUGUUAAAUUCAAUGGAAAUCUUGUAAACAGGUGUUAAUGUUGCUCAGCACAUUCCUGCAAGUAUUAAUGUUAUAUUCAUGAAUAUUGAAAAUGUAUUGUGAAUACAGUAGCCGCAAUACCUGCUAGGACUACGUAGAAUAGUAGCAAAAUGGGUUAAAAUUACAUGCUACGUCAGUAUUGUGAAUAAAAAAAAUACUUAAUAUGA